UUCACCGUGAAUGCGAAUCGUGGAAUGCAAACAUGUCCGCCGUGUGUGUUAUUUGACGUAAAUAUUGGCGAAAAUAUUGUUCUGUUCCAGUCUAAAUAGUGAUUUUUUGGUGCUAUUGCAGUUUUAUCAUGUUUGUGGUCGUGCUAUAAUUGUUUCACAUGCGGCUGUUAUACAAAAGUGGUCCGAUGGAGUCUCUCAGAAAAUGGUUUUAUAAACCAAAGAGGGACGACCGGUCGUUGCUAGCGCAGUUUUUCUUCGCGGAUGAUGCGCUCAACAUGGUGGCCACGGAGCUGGAUUCCUUCGACGGCCGGAAGGAUCCAGAGAGGUGCUCCACUCUCGUCAAUCAACUCCGGCAUGCACAGGACCGUGUCUUAAACAUCACAAGUCAGAUAAUGGACCAACUGUUGGGAGACGAGAGGGUGGCGAGAGGGUUCCGCGUCAAGUUCCCUGAAGACGUCCUGCAAGAUAACCUAGCGGGGCAGUUGUGGUUUGGUGCCGAGUGUCUCGCGGCUGGUUCCUCCAUAAUGAACAGAGAAGAGGAAUCUGCAGCGAUGCGACCUCUAGCCAGAGCGUUAACGCGGAGUCUCGAAACUGUAAGGUCACUCCUCCGUGAGCAGUGUCUGAGGCCCAGGGAGUUGGCUCUGUCCCAACAUGAUGACAUGCUGCAAGAGAGCCUCAGGAUAUUUGACAGAUUGUUCGCCGAGUUUGAACUGUGCUAUGUGAGUGCGAUGGUGAACGUGAAGACCCCACACGAGUUCGAAGCUCAGCAACUCAUCUGCGUUCUGUUCUCUGAAAGUCUCAGGCGGGCGCUCAAGCAGAAUCUUCUCACACAGGAGCAGGUGGACUCGUACGAUCCAGCAUUGAUGUUCGCUGUCCCCAGGCUGGCUAUAGUCAGCGGUCUCCUUAUCUACUCAACGGGCCCAUUGAGCAUAGACAAUCCACCAGAUGAAAUGUCAGAUAUGUUCCGCCCCUUCCGCACUCUGCUUCACAAGAUCCGCUCGCUACUUUGGACUCUAGACCGCCGCGAGUUGGUAACCCUUGAACGGCUACUCUGCACCAAUGAAGAUCUCUCCAGCCUCGCCUCACUUGAUCUCCCUCCAGAGUCUCUGUCGAAGAAUGAAGAUUCGUACCCAUAUCCAGACAUCGGCGAGUUCGUAUCGCAGUUUUAUGCGGACCACGCGUACUGUCGGGACCUUUACACACAGAGCUCCACCGAACCCACGAUAACAGAAGAUGACUACUUGCCAGAUAAUGUUGAAGUGAUGACACCUAUCAUCGACGGGUUACGACGACUCAACAACGACUCAGACACUGAAACCGAAUCGAACCGGAACACGAUUGACACUACCAGUACUGACACAUUCCAAACAAACGACAAUGUCAAUGACAGUAAAAGAAAACCCAGCAAAGCAGAGAGCAGUGACAUUUCCACCGACAAUCACGUAGAAGCGAGAAGAAAGUCGACCCGCGAGAGCAGUGACCUCUCCUCGCUACGUAACUUAUCAACCAAUGGUCUGAUGAUGUUUGAUCCUUUGGUCAUCAAUGCAGCUGCCUCGACGUCAACAGAGAAUCGCCCUCUACCAGACAAUGAUCUGGUGACGUCACUCAACGAGCAAGUAACGGAAAUUGCCGAUCGUCUAUCUUCAAUCGCAACUAGCGACGUAGAAAUGGACCACAAUCAGAAAUCGUACUCUACAAACGAUGUGCCCACACUAGUAACGAAUGACGGGGAAACGUUCGGUUUCAAUGGACCCAGGAAUGAGCAGCUUACCGGCAUGCCAUCCACUAGUCAUGGUUACUUAAUACCGAACGCGAUCAGUCAAGAGCCUGUCGUCAUGUCAUUGUCGCAUAACAAUUCAGCUAUUUUUAACCAAGACGCUGAUAACUUAGAUAUUAAUAAUACUAUAAUGAACUCUGAUCUCCCUCUUAUAAUUCCUGACAAUAUAGAUACACAAAUAUUAAAUACUAACAUAUCUAUAGCAAACGCAAAUUUAAGUUCUUUAUUGCUAACUAACGAAGAGUUGAGGCAGAACUAUAUAGAAGAGAACGCGGAGGACAAUACGAGUUUUCAUUCUGCCAAAAUGGUACUUGAUAGAGAUGAAAAUGAGAAAGUUAAGUUUAUGUUAGGUUAUGAAAGUGACCACGAAUCACCAGUUGAUUCUGGAGUCAGUACAGAAAACACUAGUUUAGAUAGGUCUCCUGAUACAGAACAAAGUAAAGACAUCAAAGAUAAUCAUUUCAUGCAACAGAACAGGGUAUUAGAAAGUCCUGAGGAGAAAGACACCAAAAACACUCUAGAAAGUUCCUUUUCAGAAGUUAAUAAUGAGGUUGUAAAUAUAAAUUAUGUUGAGCCGGAUACGACCAAGAAUGAAGCUGGGUCUUCUAGCAUAGAUGUGUUAAAUAGAAUAAGCUCAGAUGAGGAAGGGUCAAACGAGGCGACCAAUGUUAAAACCCGACCUCGCAUUUUAACUACUGCCGACAUAGAAUACAUGACUAUAGAUGAAGUAUUGGCAGAAUUAAAUAGGCAUAAAGUAAUAGAUAAGAGUAUACGUGCGCUAUAUGAAGACAAUAAUGUUAGUUCUAGUACAGAUGUUGUGCCGAAUUCAUCACACAGCAAUUCUAGGCAGAAGAGUCGGCAAGCAGGCAGUAAGAGUAAGAAAAAGAAGAAUAAGACGUGGUCACCAGGAAUGGUCUUAUUGGAUAGGUCUAACCAUGACCAGAAUUCUUUGAGGUUCGAUUUGGAUUUCUUUGAUGAAGAAAGCACGUCGUAUUGCACUUGUGAUUGCACUGAUGACGAACAAAUCGCAGUGGCUCUACAAGCGCAGGAGUUGGCGGCUAGACAGCAGGCUCGGCGAAAGUUCAAAUCGAGCGAGGAUUUAAUCCACCGUUUGUUUGUAUGCAUCGCGGGCGUUGCCGACCAGCUGCAGACAAAUUUUGCGGCGGAUCUGCGGAAUAUUCUCAAGUCCGUCUUCGUUAUGAACCAAACGCCGGAUGAUCCCGAAAUACCGGAGCCACCGGCCGAAGAGAAGUCUGAUAAGUCACCCACCAUAGAGUAUGAGGUGACCGAGGAUCAAGUCAUACAAAAUGGUAGCUCAUUUGAUAGUGUAUAUUCAGCAGAAGAGGUGUACGCGGACAGUACGUCAGAUUCGACGCCGUCGGAAUCGAACUCGCGGCUGGUGCGACGGAAUACCGUCAACGCGACCACCCUCGCUGCUGAGCAGGCGGCCGACAGUAGGAGGAAGGCAGUAGAUAAUACUAGUAAUCUGCAAGCUUCAGUGUCCAUUGGUGAUCUCAGUUAUAGGGAGGAGCGUCGGACAGCGCAAAGUACAGUCGGCAGCAAUACGGGCGUUAGUACGGGCUCGAGUACAGAUACGGGCGCGGGUGUGGAGAGGCUACCUGAAUGGGUGCCUGAUAUUGCUGCGGCCGCCUGUAUGCGCUGUCAAGCUCACUUCACUGCAUUCCGCCGUCGACACCACUGCCGGAACUGUGGCAAAGUAUUCUGUGCAUCGUGCAGUUCAAACUCCAUUCCACUGCCUCGGUAUGGCCAGAUGAAACCGGUUAGAGUGUGCGAAGAAUGCUAUCAGUCGACAACUAACAACCGUCCGCAAGCGUCGUCACAAAAUCGGUGAAACAGCAGUUCGGGCUCUAUUUAGAGCCUACCGGUAACUUAGGCUCUUAUCUGGUAACUAGCCCAUGUCUGAUAAAUGGUAUUUUAGGCCAAUAUCAGGGGUUUAAUUAUGUAAGCAGUCGCUGAGAAUUCUUAUAUGCAAGAGAUUGAAAUCUACAACUUUGUGAAUAGGUACAGAAGAACCAUUUUGGCUUGUGACUAUAUUUUUUUAUUAAAGGGUUAAGGCUAUUACUCGGUGCUAAAGAUUACUGUAACACUGUGACCUGCAUGUAUUGUGCUCGCCUUUUUUUUAGAGUUCGCUGCUUAGGCCCGUCAGGGAUAAUAAUUAUAUAAGUAACUUUCCAAAGGAGAUUGAAACUAAAACUAUCCAAUAUAUAUAUAUAUAAAACACUAAUCCAUAGAUUUCAACCUCUUGCAAUUGAGAAAUGUUAACAA